AUGACCACUGAGGCGAAUCCGGCCGGGCAAAAUGCAUCAGCCCAACCUCAUUUCCCAGAGGAGAGUGCCUGGGGAGGUGUAGAGGACAACAUGGGCGACCCCGAAGAAGUGAGGGUCAUUUUUUCGGCUUUGGACUCUUUUUCACAAUACGCCAAAGUCGCACAUUUUAAUGUCACGCACCUGAGGAGGCGUUCUUUUUAUGCACUUCCACAGGCGCAGUGGCAAAUGUUGGCAGGUCCGCCAUUCAACUUUCUGGAAACUCUCGACAAGGCCGAUGCGGCCAUUGACUCCAACGCCGAGCUCGCCAGAGCCAUUCUCCAAUCCGGAUUGCAAGCCUUUCAGGGCAUGGUGGACGGACCUGGCGGCGGGGUAGCAGACGCGCGCAUGCCGCAUGAAUGGUCCGGCGUCGCAAAACACUUGGACAUUGACAAGGCCAGAAGCACCAUUCGCCAAUUCUACCGCGACUGGACGGCAGACGGCGCAAGGGAAAGAGGGGCUUCGUACGGGCCCAUCAUGAAAGCCCUCGCCGAGGAAAAGUCAAAGACAGCAAGCGAUACGCCCUACAAGGUGCUGGUCCCCGGAGCUGGUCUCGGCCGGCUGGUGUUUGACCUGUGCCAUGCCGGCUUUGAAGCGGAAGGCAACGAGAUUUCAUAUCACCAGCUCAUUGCUUCGUCCUUCAUCCUCAACGAGUGCCAGGGCCCAGAACAGUUUACCAUUUAUCCUUGGGUACACACCUUUUCCAACCAUCUGACGCGUGAGAGCCACCUGCGGGGCUACAAAGUACCAGACGUGCACCCCGCCACUGCCCUCGCCGCCGCCGGGCCCGACCGGGGCGUCAUGACCAUGUGCGCGUCCGACUUCCUCUGCCUGUACGGCGAUGACGAGCACAAGGAGCAGUACGACUCCGUGGCCUGCUCCUUCUUCCUAGACACGGCACCGAACCUGAUCCGCUACCUCGAGGUCAUCAAACACUGUCUGCGACCGGGGGGUGUGCUGGUCAAUGUCGGCCCUUUGCUGUGGCAUUUCGAGAACAACGCGCCUGGAAACCACGGGAACGAUGACGACGGAGACGGCGAUCACGAUUAUAAAAAUUCGUCGGGCAUUGCCGACCCUGGCAGCUUCGAGCUGGCCAAUGACGAGGUCAUGGCGUUGCUCACAAGACUGGGGUUUGUUGUCGAGUGGCUAAAGACGGGCAUUGAAGCACCGUAUAUUCAGGACAGAGAUAGCAUGCUGCAGACCACAUACAGGGCUAACGCCUGGCUGGCCCGGAAGCCAAUCCCGUAA